GGAGGUGGCAUGGGUAUGGGAGGAGGAAUGGGUGGGGGGAUGAUGGGAAACAUGGGAGGUGGAAACAUGAUACCUCAUGGAAUAGACAACCAGACCCUUCAACAAUUAGGAAUUGAGGGUCCUGUCACCAACACAGUGUUUGUUGCCAAUCUUGACUACAAGGUGACAUGGAGGAAGUUGAAGGAUGUAUUCAAACUUGCUGGUAAUGUGCUGAAAGCUGAAAUCAAAACUGACAAAGAGGGCAAGAGCCGUGGCAUGGGGACUGUGGAGUUUGAGAUGCCCCUUGAAGCUGUACAGGCAAUUUCUAUGUUUAAUGGUCAAACAUUGUUUGAACGCAACAUGGUGGUCCGAAUGGAUAAAGCAAAAGAAGAUCAGCCUCCACCAAUGCCCAAACUUCCACCUGGUUUGAAGUCAAUUGGUAUGGGUCUUGGAGCUGGUGGAAUGCCAUUGCAUAAUAAUCCACAGAUGUCCAACAUGGGAGGAAUGGGCAACAUGGGAGGUGGCAUGGGGAUGGGAGGAGGCAUGGGGAUGGGCAGUGGCAUGGGUGGUGGUAUGGGUAGUGGUAUGACAGGAGGAAUGGGUGGUGGGAUGGGCACAGGUAUGGGGGCUCAAUCUCUGGGAGGUGGUAACAUGGGCGGUGGUAUGGGUGGUGGGGGUAUGGGCAACAUGGCGACAAGCAUGGGUGGUCUUGGUAACAUGGGUUCCAUGGGUGGUCUUGACAUGAACAGUGGGAUGGGAGGUAUGGGGGGCAAUAUGGGAACAAUGUCAGGAGUAGGUGGCAGCAUGGGAAUGGGAACAGGCAUGGGGAACACCAUGGGAACAGGAUCCAUGGGAAUGGGCACUGGCAUGGGCAACUUUGGCAUGGGGUCAGGCAUGUCGGAUAAUUUUAGUGGAAUGGGCAACAAUAAGAUGGGAUCUGCAAGUGGAAUGGGUGACUCGUUCAACAGCUCAAUGGGUAUGACUGGAUCAAUGUCUAACAUGAGCGGAAUGUCGGGCAGCAACAUGAUGGGCGGGAGUAGCAUGGGCGGCGGCAACUGGGGCUCCAACUCUUCCAAUAUGGGAGGUAGCAGUAUGGGAUCAGGAUACAGUGACCGAGGGGAUAAGUCCCGCUCAACUAGACCUGAUGCCUGCACAGUUAUUGUAAAGAAUCUUCCAUACUCGUUUUCAUGGCAAGCACUGAGACAAAAGUUCAAGGGUAUUGGUGAUGUGAAGUUUGCAGAGAUUGAGAAGGAAAAUGGUCGAUCAACUGGCGUGGGUCUGGUUCGGUUUGGCAAUGCAGAUGAUGCACAGAGAGCAAUCUCAUCCAUGAACCGAACUGACUGUGAUGGUCGUGAAAUGUGUGUGCGUCUCUACCAGGGCUGAAUAUGUGAACCCAAAUCACAUGUACGUACCCCAUGGGUCAUGUGACAUCAACAUUGAUAUAGCAGUUCGUCAGCGUAUUGUUGCAGAUUCUUUCUUUUGGGCUUGAUUUCCUCGUGCAAAGUUGUGUUUCACAAACAUUCAUAAGAGACAUUGGCCAUUGUUUUUGAAGCAAAGAAUUGCUAUAAAUAUCUGAGGAGAUGUUAUAACCUCUCUGUAUUCAUAUUGUACUUACUUUACUCAUUCAGUCUAUAGUUCUUCAGUCUUGUCUCAUUGUUAGUUAUGUGCAGUGAAUAUGAUGAUCAGGAUCAAGGUUUGAUACUAAUUUCAGUCACUGAAUAUUUUCAUACGUCUAAUAUUUCUUAUUAUGUCAUUAGUAAUUACUUCAGUGGUUUUUAUUAUUCAGGAUCAAGGUUUGAUACUAAUUUCAGUUACUUAAUAUUUUCAUACAUCUAAUAUUUUUUAUUAUGUCAUUUGUAAUUACAUCACUGUUUUUUAUGCUCAGGAUCAAGGUUUGAUACUAAUUUCAGUCACUGAAUAUUUUCAUACAUCAACUAUUCUUAUUAUGUCAUUAGUAAUUACAUCAGUGGUUUUUAUAAAACAAUGUAUUGUCAUAAGGGAUUAAUAAAUAAUUUGAAAGGAUA